AUGCGUUUAUCCGCCCGAGAUAGUGGUUACGGAGACGGAGACAAGAAUGAUGGCUCUGCCGAUGACGAUGAAGAGUCUGGACAGAGUACGGCAGAGGAUGAAGCUCAAGAAAUUCAAGUGGAUGAUCUUGAGGACACUAAGCUUGGCUUAAUAUAUGACAAGGAAGCCAAACAACUGUUCCAGGUACCUAUCGAUUCUCCGGAAUAUGAACAGGCAGCUAGUCCACCAGAGAAUUUAACCCUCAGCUUCGAGAACAACAUCCGAGAUUCACCCCCUAUUACCCAGACCAUCAUUCGAGCUGAUGAAUUUGCAGAUUCUCUUUCUGAAGAUGAAUGGCAAUAUUUGCAGUUCCGACCAAUAGAAGAAUUGAUGGACGCCAUAACGUCAGCUGACUGCACGGUUUAUCCCACAGACGCCGAAACGAACACGUCGAUAGAUCACGCCUCAGAAAUUCAGCUGCAAUUUAGGCCACGGUCAUAUGUUUUUAUUGCGGAGACAGUAGAACUAAGGUUCUGUAAAGGAAAAAAAUCUUCAACGCUUAGCUUCUGCGUCGAUAGGAUUUCUGUUACAGAUACUACACAGGGUUUCUGCGUCGUUCAGCCUUGUUCAGUCCUUGGAAAUGCGCAGUGCAAACAUGUCACUAUCGAUAUUCAGGCCAUAAAUAUUGAUAUAUUACCAUUCCAGAUUGAGUUGGUAUCAUAUCAUUGCAUGAUCCCUGGACUAAAUGAUGGCUCCAACAAACAGAGCGACACAAUUCUCAUGAUGUCCAAAUGUUGCCACUCAUCAAGACGCCGUCACACUGUGGUUGAUAUUACGGGCCAUCGACAGAAGAAAUGUGCUUAUAAACAUAUGAUUUGGGGCUUAGUGGCUGAGGUAACAUCGGCUGAAGAAGAUUCUGAUGCAGCUACUGAACGUGCACUGUCGGAGGCUGGAAACUAUGACGCUCCUGAUGUCAAUCAUGAUCCAACGGAGGAAGACACAAUCUCCAACUCGAAGCUAGCGGUACUCUUCCAUCACGGUGGGGAUGACGUUGUUCUCACCUUGUUGAAUAAUGUCAUGCUACAUGAUGUCAAGUCACAAAUUCCCGCACAAGUUGAAUGGGCUGUAUUUGUUCGCUUCCUACAACUCUCUGACAAAUGCAGCGCAACUUUGAGAGACAAAGCAAUCAAGCAGGCGAAAACCUGGGUAUCUAAUUUUCAUAUCCCCAAAACUUUCGAUAAAGAUGCCGUUGCAUGGCUUUGGGUUAUGUGGAAAUUACAAAUGGUGACAGAAUUCAAAGACCUGACAGCUCUUAUUCAACGGCAGGCGCGGAAUCCAGUUUCACGUUGCCUAAAUGAACUUGAAGAUGAAUUACGAAUUGAGCUGCCUACACUCCUCUUAGAUCUUCUGGAACAAAGACGAUCAGAGGUUCUCAGAAGAGUCAAAAACCGAAUAGCUUCAGAGCUGAAUAUAUACCGUAAUAGGUAUCUUGAGAAUAUCACGGAAAGAGAUAUUCUAUGGCUGUCUACUGGUGAAAUUAUGAUCAACUCCUUGUCGUUCGGUUAUUUGAGCUUGGAGAGCGAGAGGUGGAUGAACCACGUUGGCUACGAGAGCGACUAUGGCAUAGAAUUCCGCGGAGUGAGUUUUUUGGACGUUGCGAAUGGUAUCAGAUCAACGGAGGACCUGGGUGACUGGAAGGUUAGUACGGUAUCAACAGCAGACAGAAUGCCUCAGGGGUUGGCCAUGUUAACUGCAUUUAUACCUGUUCUCGGUGUGGGUUUGCACCAGGAAGGUAUUCACAUGAGGCAUGAAGGCUUCAAGUUGCAACUCGUAGGUUUCAUCACCGAGCUAGAAAAAGAAAACUGGGGGGUUGAUAUUGAGGAGAUUGAAGGAUGA